CUGCCCCUCCCUGGAACGUUGGCCUCCCGAGUGUUCCAUCGGGGAUUGUUUCGGGCUGGCUUAGCUACAGUGCGCGGCGGCGGCGGGCGGCGUUCCAUGGCGCGGCGGGCAUGCCCCGACAGCGCCUUCCUCGACCGCGGUGAACAAUAAAGCGCCGGCGGAUCGGAGCAGUAGCCGUGCCCUCCGCGGAGCAGGGAGCCAGGAGAGGAGAAGGAGGCUUGUUGCUUGCCGCGGGAGGAAGCGCCCCCCCCCCGCCCGGCUCUCCGCAUGGAGGCUCUCCUGUGCUCGCUGGGGGUCAGCAUGUUCUCGGACCAGGGAGGCAGGAAAUACAUGGAGGACGUGACCCAGAUCCUGGUGGAGCCGGAGGAGGAGGAUGACUCGCAGGCGGCGGCAGAGGCAGAGGGCUGCUCCGCCGCCGCCGCCCAGAGUUGCAGGGGCCGAGGAGCGGCUUCCAGGGCGGCGGCGGCAGCAGCAGCAGCAGCCCCGCACUCCCCGCCGCCCUCUCCCCAGCCGGCUCCCGGCCGGUCGGUGGCCUUCUUCGCGGUCUGCGACGGGCACGGCGGCCGGGAGGCGGCCCACUUCGCCCGCGAGAACCUCUGGGGCUUCAUCAAAAAGCAGAAGGGCUUCCGCUCCCACGAGCCGGGCGCCGUCUGCGCGGCGCUGCGCAAGGGCUUCGUCGCCUGCCACCGCGCCAUGUGGAAGAAGCUGCCAGAGUGGCCAAAGACCAUGACGGGACUCCCGAGCACAUCGGGGACAACGGCCAGCGUGGUCAUAAUCCGGGGCUCAAAGAUGUACGUGGCUCAUGUCGGGGACUCGGGCGUGGUGCUUGGUGUCCAGGAAGACCCCAAAGACGACUUUGUCCGGGCCGUUGAGGUGACGCAGGACCACAAGCCGGAGCUUCCGAAGGAGAGGCAGCGGAUUGAAGGGCUCGGGGGCAGCGUGAUCAAUAAAUCUGGCGUGAAUCGUGUUGUGUGGAAGAGGCCUCGUCUGACCCACAAUGGCCCUGUACGACGGAGCACUGUUAUUGACCAGAUUCCAUUCCUGGCUGUAGCCCGUGCCCUUGGUGAUCUGUGGAGCUAUGACUUCUACAGUGGCGAGUUUGUGGUGUCUCCCGAACCGGACACGAGUGUCCACACGCUGGAUCCGCAGAAGCACAAAUACAUCAUCCUGGGCAGUGAUGGCUUGUGGAACAUGAUCGCACCUCAGGAAGCCAUUUCGAUGUGCCAGGACCACGAAGAGAAGAAGUAUUUUAUGGGAGAGCACCAGCAGUCCUUGGCCAAGAUGCUGGUGAACCGGGCGCUGGGCCGGUGGAGGCAGCGCAUGCUCCGGGCGGACAACACCAGCGCCAUUGUGAUCAGCAUCUCGUCAGUCCGGAGCAGCCGGGGCAGCCUCGACAACCAGGAGGAGCUCUGCUUCAACUUGGCCGAGGGCCCUUCCUACAGCAGCCUCGAGACGUGGGCCAUGUCGCCUUCCCGCUGUUCCACUCCACCUGUCAAGGUUUUAGAGGAGGAUUUGUGGCCACGACUGAGUUCUUCCGAGACCAUCCCUUCACUGACGUGUAGAAACGCCAUGUUGAAUAGACCUUCUGAGCCGUCCAGUGAGGUUGCCGGGAGCAACAUACCACUCGUGGUCGUAUCUUCCAAGGAUGCUGGCCCACAGGAAGAGAAGUGCAGCAAAGUGCCAGGGCCGAGGGGCUGCGAGUCAUAUAGCAGAAGCCCACCAGGCACCCUCUCUCCUUCCAACUCUGGGAACGCCGGGAUAGACCCAAAGGCCUUGAAGAUGUCUCCAGGCGACCAGCCGAAAACUCAGGAGUCCGAGAGGACUCCGGUGGCAAGCUUCAAAAGAACAUUGGAAGAAUCCAAUUCAGGACCAGUUGUCAAGAAGCCAAGGCGAAGCCUGACCCGGAAUGUCGGGAUACAGCUUGAAAGCUUGUCUUCGACACCCCAACACAAAAACUCUAACAAGUUCGCCAUGCGCCGGAGUCUCAGAGGACAGAAGAAGCUGGGUAAUCCAUUGUUCCACCAGCCCAGGAAAGCACUGUGUGUUUGCUGAAGGAUGCCUGAAAGAUAAGGCUCCUUCCGUUGCAGUUUGAAGUUAGUGCAGAUUAUUGAAACUGCAUUUCCCCCCCACUCAGUUUUUAGGUUUUUUUAAUGUAGAAAACUUUUGGUUUUGUAUUUGAACAGCCUUUUCUCAACCUUGUAUUCACUUGUAAUAUAACUGUGAAUUUUGUAGACAUUAGGGUGAUAAAAAGUUGCUGUAAAAAUGUGUGUAAAUUUAUAUUCCUUCCUACAAAUGUAGUCUCCUCACCUAACUUCCUCUUGCUUGUUAAAAUUGGGCUAAACUUUGGUUUGGGACAAUGGAUUUUUUCUUGCUGGGGUGGUGGUGGAGGCAGUGGUGAAUUUAGUACAAUAGAAUUUGUAUAAUAAGGUUCUUGUGGCGAUCUCACAACUUUUGAACAAAAGUAAAUUAUUAAACAGAAUGGAAGCUAUGUAUUUUCGUAGUACUUAAAAUGUCCUGCCUUAAGUAUGCCCUUUAGAAGAAUACUGGGUCUAUUUUCUUUCCUUAUUAACUUUUAGAUUUCUCUAUUCUGAAACAAAAUGUACAAUGGAAGAGAUGUUGGGUCUUCUUUAUACAGCUCAGUGCUAGUUUCUGUAUUUUAAUUAAAAUACUAUGCAGUAA